AUGCCUUCAGGGGAGGCUAAAGCAUGUCAGAGAAAAGCAUGUGCCAUCACUUCUCUUCUUCUCGUGGUGGGACUGCUGAUGUUUGUCGUCAUAUUUGUGACCCUCAGCUGGCAGAAUAUCGUUGGAGAGGAUCCAGUCCAUGACCUUGAUGACUGCAGAUCCAAAGCUACAGUUGUCACGGAUGAAGCGAUCAUGCAGAAAGGGGAAACCAGCAAGAACUUCAGUGAAGCCUGGAGAAAUGCAGAGCAAGAAGCAAGAGCACCGGCACACGUCUACAUGGAGAAACAUCACUCGACCGCCAUCUACGCGUACACAAAAGUGAUGCCGCAACAUGUCAAACAAAGAACUGGGAGAGCAGAAGCCACAAGGACAAAACCACAAAGGGAGACAUUUGAGUCCCGUUCCCUUUAUUCGUCUCUGAGUGAAGCUGUUCAGAUCCUGAAACACAGUCAAAUGACGUGUCUCAGUACAGCUUACAGAACAGACACACUCUUACAUCCAAACAUCUCGAACAACACAAUGAUUCGCUUCAGCACCUUCAUAUUAGGUUCUGAUUGGUGGAAUAACACAAGGAGCACUUCCUGUUUUGAAGUUUACACAUGUUUCGGUGCAAACAUAACACAUUACUCUGCUUUGAAACAAAGCAGCCAGGUGCUCAUUCCCCCCUACGAGGCAUUCAAAGUCACUGACACGCAGACGGACACACAGAGGUGUAAAGUUGUCUACAAACUGAAGAGCAACCUGAACUGUGUUUAUGACAAAGAGAGCAACAUGUUGCAUCCAAUAUCUGCAUUAGGGGUGGAGGCAUUGGGGCUGAUCUUUGGCAUCACUUGUCUGGUUCUUGUGUCUCUUUUGCUUUUACUAUUUGUCAUGUGGAAGGUGACCGAAAACCAGAAGAAGAAAAAAGGUGUUUCCAGUGCUUCAUUUGGGCAGAACAGCACUCACUAUUCAGGAAGAAUUGAUAUUUAA